UACAGUGCACACACACACACACACACACACACGCACGUAUUUAACACGCGCGCACGCUUUUACGCGCGUCAUAUGGACCACUCAGGACUUGUUUAAGCGCACAGUUACGCGCCACACGCACGACCCACGGACUCUUCUUCUUCUUCUUGUUGAAGGACCUCCGCCAAGCCUCGUGUUGGACCCGGCUCCAGCGGCGCUGUCGACGUUCUUCCUGCCAGGCGGCGAGUGUGCCAGCGGCGCCCGUCAGCAGGAGUCUGUGAUCAGGACUGGAGCUGACGCUGACCUCGGCUUAAACCAGGGUGGCGUUCCCGUCAGCAGUGCCAGCCAGAGGCGGCUUGAUCCGACACCAAGGUUCACUCCAGUAUGCUGUUGGUGUGCUAAGGAUGGAGGACUCGAGCUUGUGCCUUGGUAUGUCGUCAUCGGUGCCCGACACCGAAGCCCACCUGAGCAGCGCGGUGCUGAACGGCCGCUACCCAAUCAGUCAGAAGCUUCACCAGCUCACCGCCCAGUUGGGCCACGCCUUCCCCGACCUUCACCGCCAGCAGCAGAUUCCCGAGGAGAAGGCGGCCACACCGUUGGACGAGAAGAGCCACCACGCCGCCCUCGCCAGUCAGCCAAUCAGCAGUCAGAUGGCGCUCUUAGCCAAUCAGCUCAACCGCGACAUGGACGCCGGAGCGUUGAGCGGCUUGAACGGCCGUGUGGACCUGCAGCAGUUCCUCAAUGGCCAGAACCUGGGCAUCAUGUCGCAGAUGAAUGAUAUUGAAGAUGACGCCCGCAAGAACAGGAAGUACCCCUGCCCACUAUGCGGCAAACGCUUCCGCUUCAACAGCAUCCUGUCACUGCACAUGCGCACGCACACCGGCGAGAAGCCCUUCAAGUGUCCCUACUGCGACCACCGGGCGGCUCAGAAGGGCAACUUAAAGAUUCACCUACGCACCCACAAGCUGGGCAACCUGGGCAAAGGUCGUGGCCGGGUCCGUGAAGAGAACCGGCUGCUCCAUGAGCUGGAAGAGCGAGCCAUCCUGAGGGAUAAGCAGAUGAGAGGGAGCGCCAGCCUCCUCCAAAACCCCCAGACCCCACACCUGAGUCUCAACAGCAACAGCGCCAACAGCCUCCAGCCGCCGCUGGGCUCGGCCUGUGGCCUCCCGCCGCCAUCGGGCCUCAUCACACCAGAAACCGUAGCCCAGCCCUCGUCUUCCCCCAAGCCGACCGCCGCCCAGGACGAGCAGUCCCUUAACCCGGCCACAGGGUUCCGCUGCACGUUCUGCAAAGGGAAGUUCAAGAAACGCGAGGAGCUGGACCGCCACAUCCGCAUCCUCCACAAGCCGUACAAAUGUACGCUGUGCGAGUUUGCCGCCUCCCAUGAAGAAGAUCUGAUCAGUCACGUAGAGAAGGCCCACAUAACCGCAGAGACCACGCAGGGUCAGGGUGCUGGUGGAGCCGGCGGCACACAGGUGGCCACAGAAUUCCGCUGUGACGUGUGCGGCCAGGUGUUCAGCCAGGCCUGGUUUCUCAAGGGUCACAUGCGCAAGCAUAAGGACUCCUUUGAGCACUGCUGUCAAAUAUGUGGGCGCCGCUUCAAAGAACCUUGGUUCCUCAAGAAUCACAUGAAGGUCCAUCUCAACAAGUUGGCCAUCAAGAGCAAGCCGCCGCAGCCCAGCGAGCAGGACAUGGUGUCCAUUAACAGCAUGAGCAGCCUGGCUCAAGAAGCCCACGCUAGCCUUUAUUCCCGCUACAUCUCCUGUCUCCAGGGAGGCUUCCUUUCCCCGGACAAACAGGGCUUGAGCGAGCAGCAUCAGAUGCUGGCCAAAGCCGGGAUCGCCAUGAAGGAAAAGGAAAUGCUUGGGAAGCUACUGGGACCCAUGGCGGCGGGUAUCGGUCACGGGUUGGGCGAGAACGAGAAGCGUUCCCUCCUGGGUUGCCUCAACCUCGUUCCGCCUCUCAAGUCGAGCUGCAUGGAACGCUUGCAGGCCGCCGCCAAGGUGGCAGAGAUGGAUUCCCUCAACAGCUACCAGGCUUGGCAGAUCAUGGCCCGUGGCAUGGCUAUGGACCGGGCUUUCAUGCCCAAGGAGCCGCAGCAACACACCACGCCGGGGCAGGAAGACGACAUGAACGGCGCCAUGGCGUCCUACUCCAAGGAGAAACAAGACUAUGCCCUCAUGGCUUCCACCGAUGGCUCUAAGAAGCAGUUCUCUGAAGCUUUGCAGGGCUCCAAGGCCGCCAGCGCCGCCAUGAUAUCCAUGAAGGACGACGCUAGAGGCUUCGACUUGAUGCCUCACCACAUCGGUUCCGACACUCCCACCCUGGGAAACCCCCACAUGGACUACGGCCUCUCAAACCUGAAAGAGAAGCCCUCCGAAUGCCCCGACUGCGGCCGGGUUUUCAGAACCUACCACCAGAUGGUGGUCCACUCUCGCGUCCACGGCAAGGACCGCAGAAACACGGAGGAGGCGCUCCAGCAACAGAGCGUGGACGAACGCCGCGGCUCGGCCAGCGACCCCGAGUCCCAGUCCAUCAGCCGCUCCACCACGCCGGGCUCCUCCAACGUGACGGAGGAGAGCGGGGCCGGAGGCGGCCACUCGCAGACGGGAAGCGUCCAGGACGACAGCCCGCAUCCUUCGUCUCCUUCUUCAGAUGUCGGGGAGGAGGCGGCGGCGGCGAAGGCGGCCGCCGGCGUCCCGCCCUCGGUGUCGCAGCAUCGCGAGCGGACCGUAGGCUCCGCCUCCAAGGACUGCCCUUACUGCGGCAAGUCCUUCCGCACCUCCCACCACCUCAAGGUGCACCUGCGCAUACACACAGGAGAGAAGCCCUACCGCUGCCCUCAUUGCGACUACGCCGGCACCCAGUCCGCCAGUCUCAAGUACCACCUGGAGCGCCACCAUCGGGAGCGGCAGAAUGGCGCCGCCGCGCCCGGACACGCCCCUUCAUCCGACCACAAAGACGACCACGGGAAGGCGGCCGGAGGCGGCGUCUUUGCCCGGCCCGAUAUGCUGCGUAAUGUUUUCAAGGGCAUGCCCCCCAACUUGGACUUCAGGGUGGGGCCGCUGCUGCCACAUCAGUGGGCGGCAGCUGGCGUGAUGUCUGCCAGCGAGCGCGGGGAUCGACACUUUGACUCCAUCUCGGACAACAUGAAGGCUGCGGAUGGCCCCGCCUCCCAGGUCGCCGCAUCGACUGAUAGUCCCGCCAGCUUCUCCGAUAUAAGCCGGGCCUACCAAAGCAUGAUGGGAAAUGGAGUCCACUUCCAAGGCUCUCUGCAGGCAUUCAUGGACAACUUUGUCCUCAGCUCCAUGAAAAAAGACAUGAAGGAUAACCCGAGUCCGGUCCAGGUCCAAGCCCAGUCCUACCAUGACAACGGGGAACCGAGAGCCAAGCGUGCCGCCCUGGCAGACCAAGACAGAGAUGACAAACCUGAGGCCAAGCGGAAUCCUGAACCCGGCAAACCUGGAUCCCAGUUUGAGCCGCUGGAUCUGUCAGUUUCAGUCCGACCCGAGUCUGCCUCCGGUUCUCUUCCCGGCUCCUCGGUCACCAUCCAUGACAACGUGGCAUGGCACAGCUGCCUAUUCUGCUCCUUCUGUACCGCAUCGCUGGAGCUGAUGGCCCUUCACCUCCAGGCCAACCAUCUGGGUCAGGCCCAGGCUCAUCUGCCUGAUACUGGCAAAGACGAGGCUUCUCCCACCGUCAAGAGCUUACUCCAGGACAAAGACGUGGAUGCAGAGAGAAACCAGGGCGGCUGGAACAACCACAUAGACCAGCCCUACAACCCCUUCCAGAGCGACUUCUACAGGCGCUUUGGCGGCUUGUAUGAUGGAUCCCCACGGGCCACCCAGGGUCUCCAAAGCUACAUGGCCGUGGCUGAGCAGGGUCUGGACCUGCCCGGCAAGGCCUUCAGAGGAUCGUCAUUGACGGGCGAUGGUGAAAAGAGCUCCUGUGGAGACCCUGACGAUGACCAGGCCGGCUCGGACGAAGAGCUUCUUAAAUCUGGGGGUCACAUCGCCAGAGAAACCCCGUCAGCCACGCCCAAGAGAGGACAACAUCACUCUGAUGAGGAGCAGGACGAGAGGGGUGUGGCUGCUGAAGAGGACGAGGAGCGAGAUGAUGACGAGCAAAUGGACUUGGACCCAGAGGAAGACGGAAACACGGCCCUAGACCACGUCCAGAACCACCAAAAGCAGCUGCAAGAUGUCUUUGUGGCCUCGUCCUCAGCCAUGACGCCGCUCUCCCUGCUGCCCCCCAACCUGGAAAACCAGUGGAAGCAAGGCCUGAACCUCCUGCCCCCCGGAGGGGCCCCUGGACUGCUGAAGUCGGACCAGCAGAGCCACCUGGAGCAGCAGAUGAACAUGCUGUCCGUCCUCAGAGCCUACGGCGGAGACAACCUGCCGGCCUUCAACGGCCUGGGCGGCGGAGGGGGAGGAGGACCACCCUCGGCGAAGAGGCCCGACGCACCCGUUCACCUGUGGGUGACGGAGGAGGACCAGCCCGUGAACCAUGACCCCAACCACCUGGAUGGCGACCUCAGCAACCACGACGUGGGCCAGGCGGCGGGACACCAAAACUAGCGACCGACCGGCAGUGGCGAGCGAGGCGAUAAAAACUUUAUUUAAAAAAUAAAAAAAACACACACUACCAUCAAGGGAAGUGGAGGGGGCGUGGCCCAGUGUGGACCUAAUGACUACACUUUUUUUUUUUUUUUUCCUCCGUGAAACUACCUGUGUGACGAGCACUUCCUGCGACCGCCGGCGCCACCUUUGAAGCCCUCCCCUGUUUUGUUUUGUUUUUCUAACUUGUUAGGUGUGUCAAAACUUUCUAUAUCCUACCUGGAAUGUAUUCUUCUGUAGAAUAGCGCCGGAGCACACUUCCUGUUAGCGGCGUUAAAGAAAACUAGCCGACGAGGACUUUUAACCGUGUUGUUGAUGAUUGUGAGCGAGGAGCACUUGAGCUGCCCCCAAAUGUACUUAUUAGCAUAAGCCCCCCCCCCCCACCCUGAUUGUACAUAAAACACAUUUAGGACGGGAAACAUAAGCGUUCCAAAGGAGCGGAAAAAGAAAAAGAGUCUCUUACGGGGCCACGUUCUUCUCGGAAGAAUUAAAAAAAAAAAAAAAAAAUCCAUCAAAAAGAGGGUUUUCGAUGUCAACUUUGUAAAUGACGUCGUCGUUGCCGACUACUACUGAUGAUGAUGAUGAUGAUGUACUCACUUUACAGUCAGAAAAAACAAAAAAGUAAGAAAAAACUGGAAGAGGACAUUUGUGUAUAGUCUGUGCUAGACUGUAGGAUGUGCGCUUGGUUUCAUUUCUCUUUUUUGUUAAAUAUAUAUAUACAUAUAAAAGCAUAUAUAUAUAUAUAUAUAUAUGUAUGUACUGUACAUGACUGCCUUCUCCAUCGCGCUCCAUCGACAAAGAAAAGAAAGAAAAACAAAAACAAGCUGACAAUCGUCUCCUGUGCUGCAAACAUAUAAACAGAUUCCAUUAUGCAUUGGGGGACUUUUAUCUCUUUUGGUUUCCAGUCGGACCCGUUCGGGUCCUCCCAAGUAUUUUGCACUGUGAUAGUACUCUAAACGCGACUUAUACAAAGUACGACACUACUAGCUAACUAACUCAACUGAAGGUGUGUGUUUGUGCGUCCCUUGGCAUUGUGAAAUUGUUUCUGCGUCUUUUUUUGUUUGUUUGUUUUGUGAAGAAGCCAGAGAACACCCCGCUAACGCUAACGCGCUAUGUACAGUCUCAAAAAUAUAAGCCCCGCCCCCUCCCCCUUUUUUUUUUGGGUUCCGACUUGAGUUGAUCUACUCUAUUUGUGGCUCGGACAAGAUCUUCGUAAUUCCUCUUCCUCUCACGUUCAUUUGAUUCCGACGUUAAGAGGGAUGGGAAAGAAGAAGGAAGGGAAUAUUUGGGGGAAAAGGUGUGACGAGUGUCUGGAGGCGUCCUGUCCGAGAGGCUACCGAGGAGCACGUUCCACAUCCUCUUAUCGUGUCUUGUGUUUGGCUGUAUCCUCAUGGCAGAUGCUUCGUUUUGUAACUACUGAACUGUACUUAUAAUAAAAAUAAAAUGUAUUCCAACUAAAAAAA